GAAGGAAGUUCCGUCCCGCCGCAAGUUCCGCGCUGACAAACCUCCUUUAGCUAAACCGCAAUAUCGUGAUCGCAUAUCAAUAUUGUAGCGAUUUUAAGUGGAUAAAUAAUAAACAAAAUGGCGAAAAUGUCCGUUAUCGCUCGACACUAAUUCAGAGUGACAUCUGUCUUCUAUCGAAUAUUUAUUUUAAUAAGAAUUUUGAAUCGUACGUAUAUUAUAGCUAUGUUUCCACAUUUUGUUUUGUUGACACAUUAGUCCGAAUUUUCGGAUUCUCUUUAUUUCCUGACCUUUAGUUCCACAUCCGUUUCUUGACAUCCGCGAGCAAUUUUCAGUAGUAGUCAAUCGAUUGUCUCAGACAGAGAACAUUUAACGAAGAUUUAAAAUCCAUGCCGAUAUCUGGAGGUGAAUUAAAGAUUUUGUGAAAAUUUUGCGAAAAAUGUGCGUAAUUAUAGUGAUCUUUAAAAUGAAAAGUGUGAAAAGUGAUCUUUAAAAUAUGUACAAGACAGACGAUGAAAGACGAUGAUAUGGACGAUAUCGAUAUUGAAAAAAUUAGAUUUUCGCAAAUUUUUAUCAAUUAAUUUAAUCUACAUCGCCAUCGAUACUUUUCAGAUACAACGAUACGAUUCCAUUUAACGUGCGUGGCUUUAUUCUGCAAAUCAUCGUUGGCCGAGUACCACGCAUGCAUUUUCAUGAGAUCGUAGUUCAUGGAGACGUGAAAUCUACUCGCAUUCGCGACACAUCGUUCGUGAGGAAAGAUAGUGAUCCGCUUAGCCGUCUCGACUCGCCACUGAUCCUGCCAGAGUAACUGUGAAUAACUCCGAAAUAAAACACACGAAAAAAAAAAAAAAUAAAAAUAAACGGCCCAUUGUCACAAGAACUGAUUCUCGAAAUACUCUCCGUUUCUUUCGAAUCCAGCGCACCAUGACGAACCUCUACACGAUCGACGAAGUCGGCCGUCACAAUAACGACAAGGACCUAUGGAUCGUGAUACACAAUAUGAUUUACGACGUCACGUCGUUUCUGCAACAACAUCCUGGCGGCGAUGAGGUGCUGCUGAAAUUAGCGGGGAAAGAUGCUACAGAAUGCUUCGAGAGUGUCGGCCACAGUCACGAGGCUAUUAACCUUCGCGAGGAUUUCAAAAUUGGAGAGUUAAUCGAUGCAAAUAACGCCGAUACAUUGAAGACAGAUCGGCAGAAAACGUAUGAACAAAAGGUAGAUCAGCAGAAGAUCGCAGAUCGACAGAAGGUAGAUCAACAGAGGACGGAUCUUCUUCAAGAGAUAAAAACGAAGGAAAAUCAAACGAAAGCAGAGAUAAAACAAUUACUGAAGAAUGAUGAUUGGCCGUAUGAAGAACCACAGAAUGAAACAUCGAAAUGGUUUUGGUUAUUUGUUAUCAGUGCUAGUAUAAUAAUUAACGCUAUAAUAAUUUACUACUUACGAAAUUCAAUAUUAUAGAUGAUUCACGUAUGCUUUAAAGCGAUUAAUUUAAAAAACGCUAAAAUUUGCAAGAUGUUAUAAUUUUCAAAAAUAUUAAGUUUUAUUUCUCCUGUUCGUUAAAUCUUUUAAGUAAUUUAGUAUCUUCGAUGUAAAUCUAUUCUCGUUUAAAUCAUUAUUUUAUCAG